AUGGAAAUACUAACAAACAAUGCAUAUCUUAUUCAUAGUAUUAAAUUUUUCGUGAUUCUUUUCUUAGAAAUUUCAGCAAUUAUUCUUUUUCUUCUUAUUUUUCUAUUCUUCACUACUAAUCGUCGUUAUUUAAAAAAAUUACAAAAUCAAGCUUUAUUAAUUUUAUUUAUUGUUAAUUUUAUUCAAUUAACACUUAACAUACCAAUAUUUAUGCAUUUCAUUCGACUCCAUCGUGUUAGUCCAGCAACAGGCGCAUAUUGUAAAAUUUGGAUGUACAUUGAGAGUACCCUUGAUGCCGCAAAUGAAUUUUUAGUAGCUAUUAUAUCUAUUCAAAGACAUACAUUGAUAUUUCGACCAAAUCUAUUGAAUAUACGUUUCAAACUCUAUCUUUUAUAUUAUUUACCACUUUUAUUCUGUAUUAUUUAUCCAGUUGUUUUUUAUAUGGGUACUAUUAUAUUAUAUUCAUGUGAUGAUGCACAAUGGAAUUUUACAUUGAAUAUGUGUGGUGAUACUAUCUGUUAUUUUUCAAAUAACGCAAUAUUAGCUGGAUAUGAUUGGAUAGUUAAUACUGGAUUACCAAUUAUUGCUAUUAUUCUAGGCAAUUUAAUACUUGUCGUAAGAGUUAUUAAACAGAAACAUCGCCGACAACGAACUGUUUCAUGGUCGAAACAGAGACAUAUGACAUUACAAUUGAUCAGUAUCUCAAGUCUUUAUUUGCUAUCAUGGCUACCGAAUGUUAUCAUUGGUGUUAUACAACAGAUAAAUCCAUCAGAUUACUUAUAUGAAAUUGAAGAAUACAUUGUAUCAGAUUUCACAUAUUUAAUCUGUCUUCUACUACCGUGGAUGUGUCUUGGAUUACUUCCUGAUUUCAAAAAGUGGAUGUUAAAACUACUACGUCAUGUAAAAAAACCACCGAACACAGUUGGAACAACAACACAAAGAACUCGCUAUAACUAA